AUGACAGAUGUUCUCACGGGUGAUGGUUAUCCAAAACUCGUUUAUGUUUUCAAUAAUUCUUUACCAGGUCCUGUCUUACAUGUCUAUCAAAAUCAAAUAGUGCGCGUACGGAUCUUUAAUGAUUUUACAACAGAAUCAUUGAGCGUUCACUUUCACGGUAUACGACAAGUGAAUACACCUGAAAGUGAUGGUAUUGGACGAUUAACACAACUAUCAAUUUUACCCGGAUCCAGCUUUCUACAUGAAUUUGUAGCAAUCGAUGCGGGUACAUUCUGGUAUCAUUCUCAUGUACAUUCACAAACGGCAAUGGGUCUUAUGGGCGGUUUCAUUGUUCACCCUAAAACAACGUCUGAUAGGGAAGAACAAGGCGAAUUUGUCCUUCUUCUAAGCGAUUGGCAACAUUUUUACACCAGUGAACAACAUCAUUUGCUCAUUGAAAGUGGUCAAUUCUAUCCGAAUGAUCUCGAAUCAUUAACACAAUCAGGUACAAUCGAUUAUUUCGAAGCCAUCGAUGGAUCGAGAGCUGCUGAAGCGCUUGUUACUUCAAUUCUGAUCAAUGGUCGUGGUCAAUAUAUUGAUCCACGCAAUGGAACGACGGGUUCAAGUACGACACCAUUAGAAUAUCUGAAAAUUGAUUCUGUACAGAACAAUUCCACUUAUCGUCUUCGUUUAAUCAACAGUGGUAGUGUUUUCUCGCUGAAAUUUUCCAUCGAUCAACAUCCACUAAAAGUAAUCGCUUCCGAUGGUGUACCAUUUGCACAGCCAAUAAUCGUCGAUCAAUUGAUUAUUGGUCUUGGUGAACGAUACGAUGUUAUAAUUGAUAAUUUGACGACGAUAAAUAAUACUAUUAAUUAUUGGAUUCGCGUCGAUACAAUGGACAAAAAUAACAAUACAAGAUGGCAUGGUCUAGCUAUCUUACAAUAUGCAGCAACGAAUGAAAUGCCAAUAAGCAAACCACAAAACUGUACUGUACUUCAACCAUGUCGAAUUUUGAAUUGUCCUUUCAGUCAGUAUGGUCCAAGCGAUACGGACAAAAGAACACCUUUCAUCUGUCUGACUCCACUAAAUAUGAGUACUCACGAGAAUCAUCUUGAUCAUGAUCUACUCAAUGAAAAAAUUCAAAUCAAUAUUAAGCAAAUAUUAUCAUUGACCACGGUCGAAGGUCAAGACGAUCAGGCCAGUUUUGAAUCGUUCAAUUACAUUGGUAUGAAAUAUCCAUCAAUGGCAGAACCUAUCCUUCAUAAUCCUCGAUUAGCUAGAGAAUUAUUACCUUGUUCAAAUCGAUCGUUAGGCGAGAAUUCAGGUGAAAAAUGCUAUCAUACCAUUGUUGCUCAGUACAACGAUAUUAUUGAAUUACUUCUUGUCAAUCAUGACGACGAUCAACAUCCCAUUCAUUUACACGGAUCUUAUUUUCAUAUUGUCGAACAAGGUCUGGCUCUCUUGAAUAGUACUACAGGAGAAAUCAUUGCUGACAAUCCGAAUGUGAAAUGCGACGAACACGCUGUCUGCAUCUGCAAUCAACCCAAUGCAUGCACAACAAAUAACAUGCAUCUUGUUAAGGAUACAGUGAUAUUACCAAAAGGAGGAUACAUGAGAAUACGCUUUCGAGCGCAAAAUCCUGGUGUUUGGCUCUUGCAUUGUCAUACAGAACCACAUCUCGAUCGGGGCAUGGCCAUUGUAUUUCAUAUUGCUGAAGAUCGAAUUUGA